AUGACGAGACGAAUCAAAAAUAUCGUAACAGCUUUGCAGUGUUUGCUUCAGAUCAGUUUCUUUUGCAGUUUUAAAGUACCUUUCGUAUUUUGCACAGAAUCAGCUUCAGGUGUCUUUGAAAGAUACGAAGGUAGGAGAAAGAACAUUUUAUACUUUAUGAAAAAAGCACUGUAAGGUGACUGGCCUGUCUCUAAACUGAUCGAGUCUAAAAACUUUGGACUUCUCCGGGAAAAAGAAAUUGGAAAAUUCAAAGUGGGAGUCGAACCACUUUAUUUUCGAUCAACUUAUAACAGUUAACCGUGAUUUUCUCUAUCAUUUGUAUUUCCACAUCAGCAUCAUGAUCACAAAUAUUCACCUGCUCAUUCAAGAUGGAAAAGAUUUAGAUCUGUUCUUUAAUCUGCAGGUUACUCCUUACAUGGGCACGUGAUCAGUGUGUGUAACAGCAAAGAUGUGGAGUGUGGAUUGCGGUGUUUGAGAAACGAGAGAUGUCGAUCAUAUAACUGUUUUCGUGCUCAGAGCCUCGGUUCCAUGUGCUAUUUAAACAACGAAACAAGAAGGUCCAAACCAAAAGACUUUGUGGCAAAUCAGGGUGUAACUUACUUUGAAGUACUGCAGGUUUGUUGUUUCCCAUCAUCAGAUACCAGACUCACAGAGUCCGCGAUGAUCGUAAUAGUUCUAAAUGCUUCUAAACAAAAACAUACAGCUAAAAUUUAUCACAGAGAGAGAAUUCAAUCGUAAAGCUUCAAUAAUAUUUGUUUUGUUUUUGUUCUGAUAAUAUUUAGGAAGUCCUGCGAUCUGUGAAAGAGAUAGGGGGUUAAUGGCAAAUCUGAAAAAUUGAAAAGAUUUAAAAACGAAUCCCGAUCAAAAAGACAUGUUUAAGUACAGACUAAAAAGGUGUAAAUUUGUCAGUACGACUGAUGAACGGUCAGAGGGUUUUGACCAUAGAAGAGAGCAAAAACCUUUAUCAAUAAACUAAUUCAAAAUGAUAAAAAUAGUCGUUUACCUUUUAGUGUGAGAGCAGCGCUAUAAUUGGCAGAACCACAGAAUCACUGCCGAACUUGCAUUCACGUUUUCGGUUUUGGCAAAAUAGAACGUCCUCGUCCUUUAUGAUGCACAGAAAGGUUCUAAAAGUCCCUCUUUAAAUUGGCCAGUUCAAGAAACUAUUGAGGAGAUUUCGAUUACUUUUAUACUUUCGGCAAGCAUCACAAGUUACAAAUUGUGCAAUAGCAGCUGAUUUUCAACCCAAAGGGUCGAGGUGCAAAAAAUUUGGAGCGAAAACUCGGUGCAAAUUAACGUAUAUCGAGCCACUCCUCUACUGAAUACUGUAAGAAAAACACGCGUUAUGUUUGUGUUCCUCAGUCUUUCUUUUCAUUAUCCACCAUGCAAAUCAGAGUGUGAAGUAGAAUAUCCUCUAAGAAGAGGGGAAAAAUAUAACUUGUCUGACAAUAGGGAUGAAAGUGUCCGCGAAUGUACGCUUUAAUUUAUGCAGUUUCAAUGUCUCUCCUCACCAGCUGCAGGUCAUAAACUCAAAUUUUGUUCGUGAAGACCUUGGGAGGUGGAGUCAUCAACAAAAUAACUCUGGAUCUAGUGGAACCAUCAACCAAUCAGGUGAGUGAAACUUGAGUCGAGUACCGUCACUGAUCUAACAAUUCACCCCAGAAUGUGCAGAAAGAAAGAACUCGGUGCAGUAUUUCUGAUGACAGUUUACAAAUUUGCUUGAUGCUCCUCACAAAUGCUAGCACAGUUUCAAUAAGUUGAUUUGUUUCGAUGGGAUCCGCGUUAACUGCCGAUGCACUCAGUGGUGCGCCGAAUCACGAAACGCAGCACAGAGAUGUACAAGAAGUCUUAUAUACAGAAGCAAAUCAUAAUUGCUUCCUACGAAUUGCAAAAUUACCCUUGACACGGCAGCUAAAGUAUAAGUUCAGUAAGAAAGAAAAGCUCUACCACCUGAUGAAGAAUAAAACAUGAAGACACAAUGAUUGUCGAGGAUAGAAAAGAUUAACGCGGAUUUGUUUGAGGAAUAGUUUGGCUUCAUUUCUCGAGAUGAACAACAAAUGAAUUUUUCAACAAUAGGACAUGGUAGAAAAAAGAAGAAAUUCAUUAUUUUGUUCGAAAAAAAAGAUGAAAAAUUUAACCUAUUGAAUGAUUGUUUAUUCUUACGAUCAUUAGAAAAUAUUGGAUCGAGCUCCUCCUCACCUGGUGACUCCUGUAAACACAUUCGUGAGUCGAGAGUUUCCCUGGAAGACGGGGAGUACUGGAUCGACCCUGAGAAAAAUGGAAAUCCUUUGAAAGUUUUCUGUGACAUGACAACCGACGGAGGUAAAUGCUUAUAAUUUAUCUAAUAAUCUUUUCAAGCUUUUCCUUGUCUUUUCCACGCUCAGUAUUCGGUAUCGAAUUGUUUAAACCAUUUACAUUACAACGAAUCGAUUUAAAAGUGAGGUUUGUAACAGGUGGCUGGCUUCUUGUCGCUAACUUGGAGAUGCUCAGCUCUAAACCGCCCAAAAAAUGGACCGCUGAGACAUCAUACCGCGGGAUCAGCAACUUUGCCAACAACGAAAUGGGUAUCAGACUGAGCGCCAUGAGAGAACUCAGAAGCCACUUGUCUUUCACUCAACUAAGAUUCUACUGCAGCAAACAACAAGGACGCACUUUCCACGUGACAACAGCUGCUAACAGCUCUGGUGAAGCUGUGGUCCAGUACUUCAGCGGCCAGACGGACGUUCUCCCCUCUUCUUGCUACUCGUUUGAAAGAAUGCAGGGAGAUAACUCCCGAUUAGCUUCAAAGUGUGAUAGAUGGGGAAAUGACGGCUCAAAAUACGCUGGAAAGUGGGGACAUUAUAAACACCGUGGAGAGCGUAGGAUGUACAAUCACGCAGCUUUCAUUCGGCAGGAAUAUUAUUGGGUGGCCGUUUUGGGUAAAUGGUGGUGUGAUGAUGAUAAUGGAAGCAAUUUAAUAGCGAUAUCGCCUGGUGAUGUUUGGAAAGUUUAUGUGCGUUGAAACUCCGAGUGCAUAUGCCUGUUUCCAUGAGGACACCUCGUAAACAGGAUCAAAUAUCCGUCAGGAAACCCAUACAAAACACCUCUUGAUUCCUGAGCCAUUCCUUGCACAGUUGUAGAUCACUGCCAAACAGUACAUGUCCAUCGAUCUGGCAAUGGUCCAAACUUCUUCAUGGGGAAAAAAGUCAAAAACCCAACAAAUCUUUCAUUACAUGUAGGAACCCCCUGUUGACCAACGAGACCUUGGAAUUUUGUACACUGUAAGAAAUUUGUAAAUAGUUUUUUAGUUUUAAGUCUGUUUAAAUUCCAUUUAGCCCUCGAUGUACAUAAUUUUGUGCACCAAUUAAUGGUAGGUGUGUUUUCAGGCUAUUUCAGAACGUGAAGUCAUCCGUAAUGAUGGCGUUCAAGAUGGCUGCCAUCCUUGAUUUUACGGAAGUUUCCAUUUUACCGAAAUAUGACGUAACACAACCGAACUCAUUUCAUGGAGUCAGAUCUUGUAGCCAUGGCAAUAUCAUUCCAAGAAAAUCCUCUUUCGCUAAGAGUUAAAAUAAAAUCUUCAGAAGAUUAGUCUGGAUAAAAGGGACGCGAAGCUAAAAUUGUUGUUAAGAAUCAGUUUGCCUUACCAAUUAAACUGACAAGAAGACCUCCAGUAACCCAAUGGUUCAAGGUCUAAGCCCUUUGUUUUGUAUGCUAUUCACAAGGGAAUAUUCAAUUCAAAGUGUUUGCAAAGUUGUGUCGGUCCGGGUACAAACUUGAGGUAAAUUUGGAAAGUACUACUGUGACAAACUAUUACAAAAAUUCUCGAAUGUGAUUGGUUAUCACCAGCCCGAUUUGAGUACUUAUAGGACAGUAUACGCGUCAUGCUUGUAAUUAGACGGUGUAAUAGGACAGUUAAAGGGACGGUUAACACGUCAUGCCUGUGAAAGUGGACAGAACACGUCAUGUGCGUGCGGUGUUGUCUCGCAUUUCGACGGGUUAACUGUUGCCAGCUUUUAUGAAAACGUCUAACCGAUAUCUACUUUCUUUUCUCAAAUUUUGUCACAUUUUUGAUUAAUUGGUAACAGGCCUUCUUGUCGUGCAAUUCCGUCUAUAAUCAUAUGCGAUAAUCGGACUCACAAAUCGGACUCCCGCUUCGAGAUGGUCCAAUUUUGUUAAUCACUCGUAUGAUAACAAACCGAAUUAGACUCCACUCGGUCCUAUUACCAUAAUAAAUUCCCUUCUAAAGUAAGGUGAAGAGCAGGCACCCUUUUGCUUACAGGUGCACGAUGUAGCGAACACACCAGUUUGAGUAAAUUAUAACUUCUACUUUUUUUGUAUUAUCACAUUAAAAGAGCUCAAAUACUUGUGUGAAAAAUAGUCUACGAUUAUACUGAAAGUGUGCCAUUACCCACCCUAUUAUCGUUUCUGUAUAAAAUUAAUGUAAAAAAUUAUCGUUUCUGUAUAAAAUUAAUAGAGAAAAUUAUCGUUUCUUUAUAAUAGAGAAAAUUAUCGUUUCUUUAUAAUAUAGAAAAUUAUCGUUUCUUUAUAAAAUUAUUAUAGAAAAUUAUCGUUUCUGUAUAACAUUAAUAUUGAAAACGCUUAACUUGGACAUUAGAAAGCAGAGACGCCAAAAAUUUCAACCUCACACUCGUACAAAUGAUUAUCUCGGGUUUUUUUUCUCCUGCCUAAAGACAAUAUUCUAUAACACUUUCGAACCCGCACUCAAAACAUGGCUUUCCAUGAAUUUCGUUCUUGAUUCGUACAAUAGAAACCGCUUAUUCCUAAAGACAUAAUUUAAGCCUCUUCAUUUCGAAGUAGAAACUUACCUUUUUAAAAAAUACUAUUAUAAUAGCAUACGGAUGUAAUCAGAGCAUAUAACCUGGCAGAUAAUAUUCUUCCAAUGUCAUAUAAUUUAAAGAUUCUGGGCGUGACCAAUUUUUUUAUUCAAGCUGAUUAAUUCCUUAAUUCUCUAUAAACAGUGGACAAUGCAAUACGCUUUUGUUCAGAGUAUUUCGUUGAAUUUGCUCAUUCCUCGGGCUGCAUGCGAGUUAAUUGAUGAUAAAUCAUUUGUCUAAUGCGGAAGCGAUCCUCGCGGUUAUGAACACUACGAAAGAAGUAGUGAAAGUAUGGCCUGAAAACAAUCAGACCUGUACGGGAUUACCCAUGACCUCUGCGAUACCGGUGCAGUGCUCUACCAACUGAGCUAACAAGCCAACCGGGAGCUGGUUAUUAUGUUGGUUCCAAAUAAACCCUCGAAGUGGUGAAUAAAUGAAUGCAAAUAUACGAAAAUCGUAUAUGUGAACUGCGGUUGAAAAAAACGAAUAUCGAAGCGAUCCUCGCAGUCAUGAACACUACUUAAGUAGUGGUGAAAAUCAUUUAUCUAUUAGCUGCACAAGGAUAACUUUCUAUCUAUUGAAUAUGAUCAGCAAGAUGACUUCCAUCCUGUUUGUUUCUUUCCAAAAGUUACUAAGGAGUUACAUUGCCACACCGUAGAAACGAGAAGAAUUACCUCCGAAGCUAUGUUACGACGUCAUAUGUUGUUGCCAUAACAACAUUAUCAUAUUAAAGCAAUGCAACACUUGAUCGACAGAUCCAAUAUUUAUCGCCUGCCCAAAUUGUACACCACCGCGUUUCCACUGUUACGGUAGCAAACAAUAGGGACGCACGUUCCUCGUGAUCACGGCUGCUAACAGCACUGGUGAAACUCUCAUCCAGCACUUCAGCUGACAGCCGGAUGAUCCUCUCUCCUCAUAUAACUCGUUCGAAAGAAUGAACAGACUAAACCUCUCAACUGGGAAAAUGACGGUUCAUAACUCGAUGGAAAAUGGGGAUUGAACUUCAUAAAUUUCGAUCUAAUCUGCGUGAUACUUUAUUUUCCUUAUGUCCUACGCUCUUGAAAUUGUUUAUAAUUCCCUCUUCCUGUUAACCCAUUUACUCCCAAAUGUGAUUAACACGAAACUUUCCCUAUAAUAUCCAUGCACUAUACAGCAAACAGUUAAAGAGAGUAUUCGAAAUUAUCAGAUGGAAGCUGCUAUCUUGAACUAGCACCAAGUCUCAUACAUAAUUUACAGGGAAAUGUGUAGCAGCCAGAGGAGAGAAUCAGCAAUCGGAUCUUGGGAGUUUAAGGGUUAUAAUAUAUUAUUGUUAUUGUAUAAGCACAUCUAUAUGGAUAUUUUGUUAGUUUUAAUUCUAAAGAAAUGCAAUUUAGUCGUCAAACCGCAAAAUUGGAGGGUUAUUUAAUGUUGAAUAUGAAUUUACGCAAUUACAACCUAAUAAAAUAUCAAAGUUCUAUUGACUUUUAUUUCAUCAACACCAAAGUACAAAAAGAGAAGGCAUUUCAAACAAAGUAAACCAAGGCAAAUUGAAUCGUGCCUUCUACGUUCCGUUUAUCCAUACAAAGUAGAUAUUUUCCUAUCACGGUAAUUUCAGGUGUAUGAAAGAGGGAAAUUAGUGAAUUUGUUUUGUUCAAGGAUUUACCGAAAUCAACUGUCUAACUGUGUAAAAUUCGCUUUUCUUUUUUGCCUCGGAAUUUCGCGUUUAAGUAUUAAGUAGUGAUACUAGGAGUGAUGAUAAUAGGAGAUAAAUUAAUAGUGGAUGGAACAUGUUAUUUUCCUUUCAUUCUGUUAGCAUAUUUUUACUCCAGGACAACCAAAAAAUUAACGAUUACUUAUUUUGAGAACGGCAUUGAAGUUAACAUAUGGCAUGUCUUGCAAGCUUUUAAUAAGAUGGAAAGUUUUUGAAAACAUCCUUUGCACAGCUUUUUAAAUAAUUGGCAACGACAGUGAUGAAAUAAUCAAAUAUUUGGUUUUCGUAAGAUCAAAAACAUAUAUUAGCUGGAACUUUUAUUGAACUACUUGAAGUUAUAGAUUAGUUUGCCAUCAACAUUGAUACAUUAUUGAGUAAAUUGGUCGCAGACGACACUCAGAGCUUUGUUGGAAAGGUACAAGAUCCAUUUUUUCUUUCCAUUAUAAUUUGCCAUAAGAUUUUCAUGCGUGGCAAAAAAAAUUGUUCUUUCAGACCGGAAGAAUAACUUUCAAGGAGCAAAUUUCUCUGUGGAAAAAGGUUAGCAGUUCAUUUUCAAAAGGUUAAUUGUUGUCCGAACCGGAACAACCACACAAACGUUUGCGAAUUCUGAAAGAGAAAUCGCUUUUUAGUUCAACAAACCGACCGACGUAUUGUUAGAAUUUUUUUUAUCAGCCUCACGAAACUACACUGGCUUCAAACUAUUAGAAGAGGAUUAGUUGUUUGAGUCUAUAUCAUUAACUGAAAAAGGAUCGAUGCAAAGUAAUGGGGCUUAUCAAGAAAAAAAGCUGACGCACUAGAUAAGAUUUGUACAUGUUAUGUACAUGUUCCAAUUCUUACCUAUAAAUUUCCCAUUUUCAUAGAUCUGACACGACUGAGAUUGGGUUUUUUACUUUAGAAUUUCACUAAUGUCUUUUCUAAAGCACUGGAGACGAAAUGGUAAAGAAAACUUCUUUCUGCAUUAAUAUGCAUUGGGAAGAUAUUUAUUUCUACAGUUGCAAAUAUAUUUGAAAUGGCGUCAAAGAAAGCAUAGACGGAGUUACAUAUCUAGGCACCCAAACAACUUCCUGUUAAUGAGAUAAUCUGUUCAAAUGUGCCCAUGGCUCCUAGAUUUAAUUUUUCACAGACUUGAAUUUUCCUCCUAAUAUCCAUUUGUUAUAACUUCGCCAAUUCUACUUCUACAUUAUUAAAGAACUGCCUCCGGCUGCUUUCCAUUCAUAAACUCAACGAAUGUUAUGGAAAUAGGUGAAAAAUUUUUCCUAGUGAGUUUAUAUUCGAGGUAAUUAAGAAUCAAGUUUAGCAGCAAGAACUAAUUCAGAAUGUGGGUUUAUUGCCAAAUAUAUCAUCCCGUUAAUCAGAAUUGAGCCACUCAGCGUUAGGUUUUAAGGCUGUACUGCGGUUAUGGUCCCACUGAAUCACUGGCUUAUCUUUCCCUCGGGACUCACAUGGCCAGAAGUAACUGACAUCCAAUCUAACGAUUUAGCCAUAAAUUAUUCAGUUUAUUUUGUGUUUGAACGUAUAUCUGCCCCUGACAAUAUCAACAUAUCACUACGCAGAUAAGAGAGUUGACGAAAACUUACUGAAAGCACCGAUGUCUGGAUAAGAACCCUAGUUCUCUUGACUAACAGUUAGAAGCAAAAGAAAGGGGUACUCAUGGUAUCUAUGAUUUUAGAAUUUGGGUAAGUGAGGCCACCCCUUGUCCUUGUUCACCACUUUACUCUUAACACUUCAACCUAAAGUUUGGUUUUAUCGCCAAGGAGAUGAGAGUACAGUCGUGCUGGCCUGUGAUUAUCACAGUACUACUUAUAACCUACGCGGGGAGUUUUGCCAUCAGAACAGCAUAUUACAUGGUCUCCGGGCAAAAUCAGGUUUUUAAAAGUCGCAACGGUGAGUUAUGUAAGCCUUUAAAUUUCACAACUAGGAGGUCGUGAAACUAGUGCUUAUGACAUAAGUCAUAUUUUUAAAGACGUGCGGGUUAUAACUAGUCGAAAAUUGAUCUGCAUAGAUCAAUUGCAAUAGCAGUCGUAGCAGAAAGAAAAGUAAGAGAAUACCAAGGUUCCAACGGCCCACGCCCUCCAUAUACUAGUUUGGCACCUUUGUGAGCUGAGUUAUAAGGCCACAAACCUUUCCUUUUUCACAGAUGAUGGUAAGAAGACAAAUGAUAGCACACCCUGCAACACAAUAACAUGACAGAACACUAUUGCUGUUAGGAUACCCACUUUAUCUGAUAAUGUACAAGAAUCUAAAUACAACAGUAUAGCUAGUUUAAGUUAACCUCAGCGAACCAUUUAAAAAAGGAAAUGCAUAGUAAACUUAUUAUGAAAGAGAGUGCAAAAAAGGGCUCUCUAAUAAUGAGGUCGAUGUUGCCUAGCUCACGAAAAGAGUGUUCUAAACCUUAGUUGUCAAAAUAUCCGGCAGCGAGAGCAGGGGUUCUUUGUCCAAUUACCGUGAUACAGGUCAACGUCUUCCUUUACAGAAAGAGUUCUAUGUGACGGUGCGCAAUUUCAACCGUGCUUUGUUGCUUCAUACAUUGAUCGAUCUUUUCUGUGUUGCUCAUAAUUCCAGACUUUAGGCUUGUGGGACACGUCAUUGAAACUUGUAACGCUGACGCGUUCGAAUGUGGAUUACGAUGUGUAAGGAACAGGAAAUGCUGGUCAUACAAUUACUAUGGUAAUAAAUUUUGUGAGCUGAACGACCAAACGUGGCACCUUAGCCCAGUGACCCUAAUAGCAGCCAAUGGAUUCACCUAUUAUGGAAAGGGUAGGAACGAAGCUAUACUCGAUGGCAAUCAUUUCGUUAUCCAGUUUGUAAAUUCUUCGUAUUCCGUUUUUAAGCAUGUUACUCAAUAGCUGUUUAAUCAUUUCUGGUUUAGUCUUUCACAUUCCCCGUUUCUCGUUGCUGGUAUCUCGCGACUCGCUUAUUAAUAUUUUUGCUGCUUCAAUUUCUCGUUUGCAAUUCUCGUCCACGGUUUUUGGUUUCUUUAGACUUGCACUGAGAAGAGAGUAUAGCAAAGCCUCCCGUUGUGACUCGUUUCUUGUCAGUUAGUCUCUUACUGCAACUUGGUGGUCAAAAUUACUUUCUCAUUUAUUAAAGUUUCUCUCUUUUCGCUCCUCGUUUCUCCACAUUCUUCCCUCGUUUCACAGUUUCCCGAAAAAGCUGACAAUGACUAGAAACAGUCUUUGAAGAUCAACACAAUUUUUUCACAUCUAAUUUACUUCCAUUUCUUUCUAGAGAGACGAGGAUUUCACUCAUUAAAACCCGGGCGAUCUUGUAUGAAUAUAAGGAGGACUGAACAUCCCUUGUUAAACGGAGAGUACUGGAUAGACCCAGAGGGCAACGGAAACCCUAUGAAAGUCUACUGUGAUAUGACAACUCACGGAGGUAAUAAGAGAAUUAAAUCUGAUUUUAUACCCUGCUUUGUUUUGUUUUGUGCUUUUUCAUAUAUAUAAUGGCGACCUGUUAUCUUAGGUCUUUUGGUAAAAGGACGUAUAGCCCUCUGCAAUAUUAGAUGCUGCAGGUGUAUGACAAUUCUUCUCGAGCGCGCGUAGUUCAGAAAUGAACGUCGUUAUCUGUUUUAAGGUUAAUAAUAUACAUGAAAAAAUUACUCAUCACUCAAAUUAUUAGUUAAGAUAAAUGGAGUUUUCAGAUAAUUCAAUGCAGAAGAGGGUUAAUUCAAUGCAAAGAAAGUAACAAACCAGACAUUCUGAUUGGUCAAUAAUCAACUCUCACAUAGUCAAUCAAAUGCGAGCCUUGGAUGUCGCAACAUUUGGCUACGCUGAAAAUUUGCGAGCAAAACGAUGACCGGCGUUUUAAGUAGGUUUUCUUUCGCCACCGCAACAACAAUACAGCAGCUGAAAAACAGCUCUGACAGCGAAAACGCUGUAAAAAGCACUACUUUUUGGUUGUCGGUUUGGAAAAAGUGGUGUUUAGAGAAGGGAAUUGCCAAGGAAAUCAAAAUUACGAGCCGAUCCAGCUUAACACUUCGCUCGAGCGAUUCUACGCCGAAAUUAAAAACAAACAUGGUUAAACCUCACAAACGACGAUUCCAUUCCAUCGAAAGUGAUUCAGACACGGACUGAUCAAUUCCUUGAACUGUUUAGGCGAACUUUCAACAUUUUUGUGCCAUAUAGAUGUGAAAAUAUCAUUGUAUAUUACUGUUUUGAUCGUACGCGGUUGUUUUGACCGAAUGCAUAAGUUUGAGUAAAUCAUUAUUGCACUUGAUGCGCGCGCUUUACUUCUGCGUAAUUGUGAUAAGCUAUCUCGUAUUUUUUCAUGUAUAUUAUUAACGCGUAAUUACAUGAUUUUUCUCGUGCAGUUUGGAAUAAAUAAGCACUUGUUAAUUUUUCAAGGACCACAAAUUGCACUCACUCUACGGGCUCGUGCAAUUUACUCGUGCUUAUUUAUUCCAAAUUGCACUCGAAAUCAUGUGAUUACCUGUACUAAUAUGCUUUUCAGGGCCAAGUAAACAUCAUAUUAAUAGGAGGGAUUACAUUUGCUUAGGUCAAAAACAGCGAAAAAGGAUCUGAGAAAGGUUGAAAAUUUUAGAUAUUUUAUCAAUUUUCACUGUGCCAAUUAUUUCAGGGGGAUGGCUUCUUAUCUUCAACAUCGUGUUCAACCACCAAGCCAACUUGCCAGUUAAGGAGGAUUAUCAUGUGAUUGGCAACUAUCAAAAUAACCAGACUUUAUUGACUAACAGUGCGCUUCAUAAGCUCAGAACCCACAUUCAUUUCACUCAGUUGAGAUUUCACUGCCAUAAGAAAAAUAGAAGCACCUUUCAUAUAGUUACAAAGACCGACGAAAAAGGCGAAGCUGUAAUCCAGUACUUCACAGGUCAAACCGAGACGGUGCCGACUUCUUGUGGAUCAUUUCAGAAAAUGGAAGACGACAAUUCAGAGCUCGCCAAGUAUUGCAGCUGGUGGGGAAAAAAAUAUUCUACAUACAGGUCUGACACAUGGAGCAUCGUGGGGAGACGUGAGUUGUACGAUGUUCCAAUGUUUAUUGGAGGAUUACAUCACUGGAUGACAAGUCCAGACGUAGACAGAUGGGAAUGUGAUGACUUCCAUGACCCGAAACACUCUAAGUUGCAAGCUCCCCCGACUCAAGGAGAUUUCUGGAAGAUUUUUAUUCGUUGA